AUGACUUCGAAGCCUCAUGUCGUCAUCAUAGGCAACGGCUGGGCAGGAUUUACAGUCGCUGAGAAGCUCGACCUCAAUAAGUACACCAUCACAGUGAUUGCGCCAAUUCGGACAAUCCAGUAUACUCCUUUGCUCGCGAGUGCUGCCGCUGGCCUGUUCGACUUCCGCUUAGCUGAGGAGCCUGUACGACGGAGGACGCGAAUGGGACUCAGCUAUUUCAAGGCCAAUGUUGACGACAUCAACUUUGACGAGAAAGUCGUUCACUGUCAACCAGCUUUGGACAAGGUUGCUGGCAACAACUUCAGCGGUACCAAGAAGCAUCGGUUCACCGUCAGCUACGAUAAGUUGAUAAUCGCACCAGGAUGUGUCGCUGAGACGUUCGGCACACCCGGCGCCCUAGAGCAUGCAAACUUCUUGCAAACCACGAAUGAUGCGCGGCUUAUACAGCAGCGAGUACUGGAAAUUCUUGAUGCAGCUUCGUUGCCUGGCCUUUCCGACGAGCAGCAGAGGAAUAUACUGAGAAUAAUCAUUGUGGGAGGUGGCCCGAUCGGGAUCGAAGCAGCAGCCGAGCUUUAUGAUCUGUGGAACGACCACAUGAGAUUCCUGUACCAUCAUCUAGAUGGCAAAUUCAGCUUGGAGAUCCACGACGUAGCACCGACGAUUCUUGGUCAGUUUGAUGAGAAGUUGGGCGAGUAUGCGCUCGAGAGCAUUCAAUCGCGGGGCAUCAAGAUCGUGACUGAAAGCAAAAUCGAAAAAGUGGAUGCUGCCUCGAUACAUGUCAAGGAUCUAGGCCAGCUCAAGUAUGGCAUGUUGCUAUGGGCGACAGGGAACGGCGUGAAUCCGCUUGUAAAGGAGCUCGAUGUCAAAAAAACUGAUAAGCUACCGCGAAUCCUCACGAACUAUCAGCUGCAAGUGCUGCAGGAUACGAAAGACGAGCAGACUGUGGAAGAUGUCUAUGCCCUGGGAGACUGUGCAGAUAUUGAUGGGAUGUCGUUGCCGAUGCUCGCAGAGGUUGCAGUGCAGAAAGCCGAGUGGUUGGCGAAAGAACUCAAUCGAUAUGGCCAACCGCAGCGGAAGUUCAGAUACCGAGAGACCACGAAUCUGGCGUACCUGGGUAAUCACGAUGGCAUCAGUGAUGAGAAGAGAACAGGGCAUUCUGCUUGGCUAGCGUGGCGGAGCGGAAGCGUGUGGUACUGGCCGAGAAGCUGGAGACGCACGCUAAUGAUUGGCAUAUCCUGGCUGUUCAAUUUUGUUGGUGGAAGAGAUAUUGCGAGGAAAUGGUAG